CGAGCGGGGAGCGAGGGCAGUCAGGGGAUCGCGGGCGGCGGCGGCCAGAGAGGGCUGGAACGCAGACGGCCGGCGCGCGGCGCGGCUGCCAUGGGCGUGCAGUGACCGGCCGCGCGAGGCGACUUCCUCGGGCUGGCGGUGCGUCUCAUCCGUCACCAUGAAAGACGACUUCGCAGAGGAGGAGGAGGUGCAGUCCUUCGGUUACAAGCGGUUUGGUAUUCAGGAAGGAACACAAUGUACCAAAUGUAAAAAUAACUGGGCACUGAAGUUUUCUAUCAUAUUAUUAUACAUUUUGUGUGCCUUGCUAACAAUCACAGUAGCCAUCUUGGGAUAUAAAGUUGUUGAGAAGAUGGACAAUGUCACAGGUGGCAUGGAGACAUCUCGACAAACUUACGAUGACAAGCUCACAGCAGUGGAAAGUGACCUGAAAAAAUUAGGGGACCAAACUGGAAAGAAAGCUAUAAGCACCAAUUCAGAACUUUCCACCUUCAGAUCAGACAUCCUGGACCUUCGUCAGCAACUGCGUGAGAUUACAGAGAAAACCAGCAAGAACAAAGAUACACUGGAGAAGUUGCAGGCCAGCGGGGAUGCACUGGUGGACAGGCAGAGUCAGCUGAAAGAGACUUUGGAGAAUAACUCUUUCCUUAUCACCACUGUAAACAAAACCCUCCAGGCGUAUAAUGGCUACGUCACAAAUCUGCAACAAGAUACCAGCGCACUGCAGGGCAACCUGCAGAGUCAAAUGUAUUCCCAUAACGUGGUCAUCAUGAGCCUGAACAACCUGAACCUGACGCAGGUGCAGCAGAGGAACCUCAUCACCAAUCUGCAGCGGUCCGUGGAUGACACAAGUCAGGCCAUCCAGCGAAUCAAGAACGACUUCCAAAAUCUGCAGCAGGUUUUCCUUCAAGCCAAGAAAGACACCGAUUGGCUAAAGGAGAAAGUGCAGAGCUUGCAGACACUGGCUGCCAACAAUUCUGCCUUGGCCAAAGCCAACAACGACACCCUGGAGGAUAUGAACAGCCAGCUCAGCUCCUUCACAGGUCAGAUGGACAACAUCACCACCAUCUCUCAGGCCAACGAGCAGAACCUGAAAGACCUUCAGGACUCACACAAGGAUGCUGAGAACAGAACGGCCGUCAAGUUCAACCAGCUGGAGGAACGCUUCCAGCUCUUUGAGACGGAUAUUGUGAACAUCAUUAGCAACAUCAGUUACACAGCCCACCACCUGCGGACGCUGACCAGCAAUCUGAAUGAAGUCAGGACCACUUGCACAGAUACCCUGACCAAACACACGGAUGAUCUCACCUCCUUGAAUAAUACACUGGCCAACAUCCGUUUGGAUUCUGUUUCUCUCAGGAUGCAACAAGAUAUGAUGAGGUCGAGGUUAGACACUGAAGUGGCCAACUUAUCGGUAAUUAUGGAAGAAAUGAAGCUGGUAGACUCCAAGCAUGGUCAGCUCAUCAAGAAUUUUACCAUACUACAAGGUCCUCCUGGCCCCAGAGGUCCGAAAGGUGACAGAGGAUCCCAGGGACCCCCUGGCCCAACUGGCAACAAGGGACAGAAAGGAGAGAAGGGGGAGCCUGGCCCUCCCGGUCCCGCUGGUGAGAGAGGCCCGAUUGGACCCGUUGGCCCCCCUGGAGAGCGUGGUGGCAAAGGCUCCAAAGGCUCACAGGGCCCCAAAGGCUCUCGUGGGUCCCCCGGGAAGCCUGGCCCUCAGGGCCCCAGUGGAGACCCAGGGCCCCCAGGCCCACCGGGCAAGGAUGGACUCCCCGGCCCGCAGGGUCCACCUGGCUUCCAGGGACUACAGGGCACAGUGGGGGAGCCUGGAGUGCCUGGACCUCGGGGGCUGCCUGGCUUACCUGGGAUGCCAGGCAUGCCGGGCCCCAAGGGACCUCCUGGCCCUCCUGGCCCAUCAGGGGCCGUGGUACCCCUGGCCCUGCAGAAUGAGCCAACCUCAGCACCAGAGGCCAACGGCUGCCCGCCUCACUGGAAGAACUUCACAGACAAAUGCUACUAUUUUUCAAUUGAGAAAGAAAUUUUUGAGGAUGCGAAACUUUUCUGUGAAGACAAGUCUUCACAUCUCGUUUUCAUAAACACGAGAGAAGAACAGCAAUGGAUAAAAAAACAAAUGGUAGGCAGAGAUAGCCACUGGAUUGGGCUCACAGACUUGGAACGUGAAAAUGAAUGGAAGUGGCUGGAUGGGACGUCUCCAGACUACAAAAAUUGGAAAGCUGGACAGCCAGAUAACUGGGGUCAUGGCCAUGGGCCAGGAGAAGACUGUGCUGGGUUGAUUUAUGCCGGGCAGUGGAACGAUUUCCAGUGUGAAGACAUCAAUAACUUCAUUUGCGAAAAAGACAGGGAGACAGUACCAUCAUCCACAUUAUAAUGGACUGUGAUGUAAUGACGUGAACAUGUUUUCAGACAGCCCAAAGGCGAUGGACGCUUCUUUCUGAUUGCAUCACCUUCUCACCACCAGAUUGGGGGAAAAAGCACUGAAAACCAGUUACUGAAAAAAAUCAACAGCUCCUGUUUCUCACCAGCUGCCAUUACCCCAGGACUUGGGAACGGCCAUGUUCCCCAGAGUGCUAUGCUGAUUUUUAGUGUGCACAUGGACUGAAUCGCAUAGAUUUUUCUCAGCCAAUAACCAUACAUUUAUGCAAAUGUUAUCUUCCAAAGUAUGGAGUGCUCCAAUCAGAAAAAGACUAUCAUUGGUUGUUGAGCUAUAGGAAGAACUUAAGCAUAUACUGUGUAAAACAGUACCUUACAUUUCUAAAAUCUCAAAUGGAGGAGAAACAUGCAGACAUACAGAUAUAUAGAACAACAUUUAGUAAUAAUAUGAAAUAUACUUCAAGAGCUUUUAAAACUUUGUAUUUUUGUACAAAAUAUUUGCCUUUUACAAUUUUCCUUUCUUCCUUUUUUAUUUUUUUGUCAUUUUACAGUAUAAUACACAGAGCCAAAGAAAACAAUAAUGGUACUAAUAAAAAUUCAUAGGGUUUCUUGUCAAAUGUAAUUCUACUCACGUGGCAAAGAAUUUUUUCAGUUGUGGUUUAAAAAAUUGAAUCUAUGUAUACAUAUCUCAUUUUUAAUGUAUCAUUUCCUCAGAGGAAUCGAUCACUUGAAGUAUCUAGAAAUAUCCUGAUAGAUUUUGCGAGUAUUGAUCAAGUCUGAGCACAUACAUGGCUCAGAGAAGUGGGCUAUGCCUCGAGCCCAUCUCCAGCCAGUGCUCCUGGUGUGUGCCUGGCCAGACGCAAAGGGAGUGGCCAGGUCAGAAUGUGCUUUUACUUCAUUUUGGUGGAGAGGCAUCUGCCCGGAAGGGCAGAGUGCUUGGCUAUCUAGAAAGCCCCAUCUUAUGGCUGAGACUACACUUCGUAUCAGACCCAUACCAGAACUGAUACUGUCGGGACAGUCUGGUGUCACAUGAGCAAAAGAUGCUGGAAAGAUGGGAACCGGCUGUAUGCCACCUGGAAGUUUGUUAAGUCAGGUUCCAAAAGCAUAACUUCAAGGCACAUGCAUGCUUUGAUGCAAGAAUAAGCCUUUGGCCCCUUCACUGAACUCUCACAAAGAACCUUUCCUCUGAGCCUGUCUUCCUUGACUUGGUGUUGAAAUAUCUAACAAGAAAAGGGCUGAAAUUAGGCAUUAAAUAUAACUGAUGCUCAAAAGUAAGAUUUCCAUCUGACAGACUUUCUCUCCUCCCUCCCAAGGGUCUUCCCAGGCCAUGCUGCUACCUAUCCCAAAUAAAAUGGUAAAAGAAUAAAGAUAGAGUUUGACUUCCA